GAUAUGAUGUAUUGUUCAUUAAAGUAACAUAAUUUUAAUACAGGGAUCACUGACCCUGACAGGACGAAUUAAUGAUAAUCUGUGUGACCAAAUUUAGUCCGACAAAUUGUAUAGGUGUAUAUUAUUAUUAGGUAUGAUGUAUAAUUUUAAUAUAGUAUAAAGGACCACUGAUAUUGAUAGACAAAUGGUAAUGUGUGACGAAAUUUGUUCGACAAUUAUAGACAGAUGUAUCCCGAUAAGAAUCUCGUUCAUCAAUAACGCUUACGUGUCACAAAAAUAUGUUGCUCAUUGUUAAUUUCGAAUCUGACAAAGGCAAUAUAUUUUCGAUCUGGUCUGGAAAGGCAUUAAUGACCGGAAACGAGUAUAAUGAAGCGCGUUGAUACAGAACCUCAUCAAAUGUUUGCCGUAUCACGCAGGAAUUACGCGACACAUUCGCAAUCUACAAAAUAAAUAAUCGAAAUGUAUGACUCAAAGACGCGCAAUAUGUCUUUUUGAGAAUAAAACUAGUCAUUAUUCCGAACAAGUAUUACGAAUCGGAGCGUAUCUUAUUAAUUUUACUUGAAAAAGAUAUGGGUCUUCUCACGUUAUCAGGCUCGGUAUGCAAAAUUAUUUAUCCCACUGUCAAUUAUCCCGACGUGUUUUUAAUUAAACAGGAACGUCGGCAGGAGGAUGAAGGUGUUCCGUGUAAACUAUGCUUAAAGCAGCAUAAGCGAGAUCGGUGAGUCACGGAGCGUCGUCGAAGCCUUGUCCAGUUAUGUCUUGGUGCUCGCACCGAGCUCACAUCUAUCUCCUCUCUCUGCGCCAUCGUCAUUGUCUGGGUACCAAUAAAAGAGAUCGACGAGACUGAUGGCCGGUUAGUGUUCGCGUGAUUCCACGCGAUACGCGUCGCGAGUACUGAAGAUAAGAGCUCCGUAGUUCCCCAAGACUAGCUUCUGCAGCGAACUAUGCCUACAUUCGCAACCUCGAGUGCGGAUUGAACUUGACCCGUAUCCAGAGGACAUUGGAACGUCCUAGGUCGUCGAGGCGGCAGAAUCGAUCAGAGAAUCGCACAGAGUCUCGAGGACUUCACGAAAAUUAUAUUUUUUUGUCGCACUUUCUCUCAGAUACUCGAAAGCAUGGCACGAAUGUGGUUGCUGUUUGGUCUUCUGGUGUUGGCCGAAGGUCAGCUUGUCUAUCCCGAUCAAUAUGAAAGGAUGACAGUCGACCCGAAUCGUUCAUCCGUUCUAGGAUUGUUAACUCCUGCCUUAAAAACUGCCAGCAGCAGUCAACCAGUUCAGACCUAUAAUCAAUCCAUUUACAAUCAAGUGUCUAAUCAAGUUCCGCAAUCCGGCGUCCCGGGUCCAGGAAUGGCGCAAAUUUACCCUACAACCCAGCUACCCUCUUAUACAUAUCCCCCAGUAAGUCCGCUAGCUAAUUCCACAACUAUUCCAUUAUUGGAAAAUUGGAGCAAUCAUGUGAAUAAUAUUAUAGCCAGAGGAAUCAUGAAGUUUUCUUUGGACAUGGAUAAAGCGAUUUACAAUACCAAAGGCACAGCAGCGGCUAAUAAUCGUGAAAAUCUCAUCUUUUCUCCACUCAGCGUUGCUGUCGCCUUGUCAUUAGUCCUGUUGGGUUCCGCUGGCAGGACUUUCAAUGAAGUAUCCCGGGUUCUCGGUUUGGAAACAGGCGUUGAUAUAUCUCAACAUUCGGAAAUUGUUCAUCAGACGUUCGGCCAGCUGCUGAACUUCAUAAACUAUAGGAUUGAGGGGAGCAAUAAACCUCGUGUAGAUUCCGCAAGUGGUGUCUUUGUUCAGGAGGGAUAUCCAAUUCGCCCUGAAUUUCGCGCAAUUAGUGAGAACGUAUAUAACAGCGACGUGAUAAAUUUAGAUUUUCAAAGAAAAGGCAAAGAAGCUGAAAAUUUCAUUAACAAUUGGGUAAAGCAACGAACGAUGGGAAAGAUUGACGGGAUAUUGAGCAGCGAACCAGAUCCGACGACUACAGUUAUUCUUUUGACGGCCCUUUAUUUCAAGGGAGAAUGGAAUCAACAUUUCUUAGAAGGCAUGACGCAAAGAAGAGAUUUUUUCGUCGAACCGAAUGAUCGGAUCGGGAUAGACAUGAUGUACAAUGGUGGUAAUUUCCCCUUUUACGAGGACAAAUCGCUAGGCGUUAAAAUAUUGGCUCUACCCUACAAAGGUUUAGAGACGUCCAUGUACGUUCUUCUGCCGAAAGUCGAAGGAGCCACCGCGCUGAAGAGCUUCCACGAUCAACUGACAGUGGAUACGAUCGAAUACCUAAUAAGCAAUCUUAAGAAUGAAACCUGCAUCAUCGGCUUCCCUCGCAUGAAGCUCUCGAGUACGUUGAGCCUGAACAGCGCGCUCCAGAAUUUGGGUCUGCUCUCGUUGUUCGACGCGAAAAACGCGGAUCUGAGCCUCCUCUCGGGAUACGGACAACAAGCACCAGCGGCGGCCGCGCCAAUUUCCCAAAUAAACUUGCCGCCGUCGCAAGUCUCGCGGCAAGUUUAUCCCGAUCAGCUGUCGAGCAAAACCGACGACGUGCUCAUCUUCUCGCGGAUCGGGGAUAACAGUAGUAGUAACCAGGGUGCGAGAAGAAACUUCUUCAGGUACGACGAUAAGGAGCGCGGACUUAGUGUCGAGCAGUGGAACACCGGAUUUCAUAUUGAAAAAAUUCGUAGAGCACGACGCGACGUCGCCGACGAGUCAUCACGAACGGCUUACGUCGCCGACGAUCUCGAGAAGGUCGCGCCGAAGGUCAGUGACGAGAAUACGAGAUACGUGAGCCUGGAGCGGAACAAGUAUCGUUUCAAGAGCGCCGAGAAGAGGAUGAGGAAGAGACGGCAGAGCCGACCCAUAGACGAGAACUUUCUGAGGUUCAUGCAAAGCAAGAAUUUCCCGUUUUACGGCCUGGACAGUCUCCGAAACAGUCCGGGUCUCGUGAAUCCGGGCCUCUUCGCCGACGAGGUGCUGCACAAGGUUCACAUGGACGUGUCUGAAAAGGGAACCGAGGCCGCCGCGACGACGGCGGUGCUUUUACGACGAGACGGCAGUCAAAAGAAAUUCAUCGCCAAUCGACCCUUCCUCUUCUUCAUUAGGCACGAUACGACGAAGCUCGUUCUCUUCUGGGGAACGGUUAACGCGCCAAUUCCGAAUUACGCCGUCGUCAGAUGAAACGAGCUGUGAAUGUACAGAGUUCGUUCUUCUCGCGAAUAAUUCGUGUACUCUAUUUAUGCUAUUCUUUACUGUAUACUCUAUUUAUAUAUUUGCCUCGCGAUUCGAACAAAUGCGAUUUAUUAUUUCUUUUUUUUUUUGUAUCGCUCUGUAACAGACAAUUUUCGCACUGUUUUGUCGAGUUUCAUCGCGUUGCAUCAUCACACAUAUACAUAUAUAUUUUGUUUUAGCAUCUGUUAUUUUGUUAUCUUUUCUUACUGGCGCCCAGAUGUUAUUGCAUCAUCUGCUGAUAUUUUUAAGUUAACAACAAUAUUACAUUUUUAAUAUAUAUAUUUUUUUAAUAUUACUCAAGUGAAAGAGCGAGAAUUUUGUGAUCGAAAAUAUUAAUAAUUCCAAGUUUACAGAAUUUCAGAUAAAUGUUCAACGCACUUAUAUAAUAUCAUUAGCGCCCUAUUUAAUUAGAGUAUAGUUGUCAGAUUUUUUUAGCUUUAUUUGACACCGCACGUCUUAUUGUUCUAGAUAUGAUUCAUUUUGUACUUUUUCAAUAAUAAACAGUUUCUUUAUUUAAA